UUGGGCCCUAAAAUAGGUCAACAAUCAAAUUUUGACAGGCUCUCUCCCCAGACCCACCUUGCUGUUGCAGGACGUUGAUAUAGUCCAGGGCCCAGGUGCAGCAGUAGAUGCAGUGAAGACAUCCCUAUCAAUCUCCAUUAUACCUAUUCUAGUUUGAGAUGAAGAAGAGCAGAUUUAUUGUAAUGAAGCUUGUGACUUUUCAUUGUUGGAAACUGCCCAAAUGGUGCAAAAAGUAGCCAAAAAUUCAACAAGCUGUCCAAAAUCAUUUUUACUCACCCAGUCAAAUAAAAAAUUGCCAAAGUGGACCGAAAACCAUUGUGGAGUGGAUCAGGAGCUCCAUGUUACAUCCAACAGCUCCUGCUUGAAUCCAUCUAGAAACCCCAUGGAGCAGGAUGUGGAGAGCCCAGCCACCAUCAGACAACCCAAGUUGCCAAAGCAGGCCCGUGAGAACCUGCCUAAACAGCUGGAAGAAAUGGACAGGGCAAAGAGGAUCCAGCGGUACGUCCAGAAAGACGGGAAGUGCAACGUCCAUCACGGGAAUGUCCGGGAGACAUACCGGUAUCUGACGGACAUAUUCACCACGCUGGUAGAUCUCAAAUGGAGGUUCAACCUCUUUAUCUUUGUCCUGGUCUACACGGUCACAUGGCUCUUCUUUGGCUUCAUGUGGUGGCUUAUUGCGUACCUUCGGGGUGAUCUAGACCACUUAGCAGACAACCAGUGGACUCCGUGUGUCAAUAACCUCAAUGGGUUUGUAUCAGCCUUUCUGUUCUCCAUUGAGACAGAGACCACUAUUGGUUAUGGAUACAGAGUCAUCACGGACAAAUGCCCUGAGGGGAUAGUUCUGCUUUUAGUUCAGUCGGUGCUGGGAUCUAUUGUGAAUGCCUUCAUGGUGGGCUGCAUGUUUGUCAAGAUCUCGCAGCCUAAGAAGCGAGCAGAGACACUAGUGUUUUCCACCAACGCGGUCAUCUCAAUGAGAGAUGGACGGCUGUGCCUGAUGUUCAGAGUUGGAGACCUCCGAAACUCGCACAUCGUUGAGGCUUCUAUCAGGGCCAAGCUAAUCAAGUCUAAACAGACCAAGGAAGGGGAGUUCAUCCCUUUGAACCAGACGGACAUAAAUGUGGGUUAUAACACGGGAGACGACAGGCUCUUCCUCGUGUCGCCGCUCAUCAUCUGCCAUGAAAUAAACCAGAACAGCCCCUUCUGGGAGAUCUCACAAGCCCACCUGGCCAAGGAGGAGCUUGAAAUUGUCGUGAUUCUGGAGGGGAUGGUGGAGGCCACAGGCAUGACGUGCCAGGCCAGAAGUUCAUACGUCAGCAGUGAGAUCAAGUGGGGCUACCGCUUCACACCAGUCCUGACUCUGGAGGACGGCUUCUAUGAGGUGGACUACAACAGUUUCCACGAUAUCUACGAAACUAACACACCCGCCUGCAGUGCCAAAGAGUUAGCCGAUAUGACCAACCGCACCCGCUUGCCCCUCACCUGGUCGCUGGCCAGUAAGCUGAGCCAGCAGGGGCUGCCAGAGUCUGAGCAGGAGGGUCAGGAGACAAAGACCAGCCUGGACAACCAGGGUAAGAGCCAGCAGACGGAGAGGAACGGGGACAUUGCCAACGUAGAGAGUGAGUCUAAAGUGUAGCGAGUGUGAUAAUAAAGGAAAGAAAGAAAUACGGGAUGGACACAAGCGCUUGCAGAGCACAGGUCAGAAUUUGAGGCACUAAAUGAGGACCAACGAGCACAGUAGACCAAGUAUCCCUGCACCAAGAACCGCUUCUUCUCAGUGAUUCACAGUUACCCCAAAAACAACAAAACAUCUAGACAUGUGGCCCACCGCUGAACUGAAAACCCUUUGCGGCAAGUGCAUGUUUCAAAUAUAAUGUGAUGUCCUCCUGAUCCUGAUGAGAUUCCUAUUAUUUUUUCUAUUAAAAUAUUCUUAGGGGCAUUUGCAUAAGUAUUUUUGUAUAUACUAUAAAAUGUUUUGAAUUCUUUGUUUUGUUGCGGUGUGAAUAUUUGACAGAUGUUUGAUACUAAUUCAUUUAGGUUAGUUCUGUAUAUAUAUUAUAUGCCUUACUGUAUGUAUAAAGCUUUCAUUAUUUGUUUUCCAGAAAUAUAUAAGCAUGUAUAAACAUUAUCAGCAGUUUAUUUAUCUUGUAUUGUGUAUAUACUGUAUGAUGAUAAUGAUAUAAGAAACACACAUCUCAAUGGAUGCAAACUCUAGUCUAAACCAAUGACAAAUUCUUCCCCAAAUGAUAAAUGUAUGUUCAAGGUGGUACUACAAUAUAAUUCCUUGAGAAGCCAUGACUUGCUGUUUGCAGCUGAGUGACUUCAGACAACGGCCCUUUAAAACUGCAUUUUGUCACUUUUGCACAUUGGAGACCUCUGGUGGAGAGAGUCAGUUGCUAUUUUAGUCUCCAAAAAUCCUUCACAUGUCACCUAACAGUAUCAAAAAUAAAUAAAUAAUAAAUUUCACAUUGA